UUAGGUUAGGUUUGAAUAUGUAUUUAAGUUUUUUUUUUGUUUGGUUUGAAAUAUGUUUUUAUGUUAGUUACUUAUGUAAAUGCUUUCAAGAUCCUUCUUUGGCUAUAAAACAAAAAAAAAACACCUUCUUUCGUGUCGGAUCUUGAGAUCACUUUUAGGUUUGAUUUUACUUUUCUUCCUAAUUAGUAUGGUUUAAUUUCAUGGCAGUCAAUAAAAUGGUUUACAAUAGGCAAAGUAAAAACAUAGAGGGGGUUGGUAAUGACUUUUACUCGGCUGCGACAAAAUUCUCAUCUGUAUAUUUUUAACCCUAUCAAGAAACUUAGAGUCUAUUACUUGCAUCACAAGUCUUGAAAAUUUCCAUAAACACUUAACUAGAAUUAUAUAAGAAGGAUUUACUAAUUCUUGUAAACUCUUAGCAAUGGCGUUUUCAUUUAUCAGAGAGCUCCGGAUCUCAGUGACCCUUGUCGUUUUUUUCUUCCUCUUAGUUUCCUUUCAAGGGAACACUUAUAGUGAAGAAGAUGAUUCAGAGGCAGGAGGUGCAGGUGGAGGAGUUGGAGGUGGCGGGACAGGAUUUGGCGGUGGUGGGACUGGUGUGGGAGGCGGAGGGACAGGCGGUGGUACUGGACUUAACGGCGGAGGGACAGGUUUUGGCGGAGGAGGAACAGGAGGAUUAGGCGGUGGCGGUGGUAACGGAGGAGCAGGAGGAUUAGGCGGUGGCGGUGGUAACGGAGGCUUUGGAGGAGGAGGAGCAGGAGGAUUAGGCGGUGGCGGUGGUAACGGAGGCUUUGGAGGAGGAGGAGGAGGAUUAGGUGGGGGUGGUGUUAACGGAGGCUUCGGAGGAGGCGGUGGCGGCGGCGGCUUAGGUGGGGAAGGUCCACCGGAGAUAGUUGCCAAAGCUUUGGAAUGUUUAAAUGAGAAACACAUAUAUAGAGAGUGCGAAGAAACAUGGAGGCUAACGUUAAACGGAGACCUAAAUAUUCCGGUGGCGAGUACGGAGGAGUUCUGCGAAGGACCAUGCUUCUCCGAAACACAUUUGGCUUUGAAUUGCAUUGAAGACAUUAUUCAUCACUACAGAUUCUUUAACAGAGCAACAAUUCACGACAUCCGUGAAACCCUCAAGUCUGGCUGCAGCUACGGACCUGAACGAGGUGAUUUCAACGUUUUGGAACAUAUUGAAGCUGAAGAAGAAAAUAGAAGUGAGAAGAUAAAGUCAAAAUCUGGACCGUUGCUUGGGACUGUGUUGUUCACCAUUGCAUUGCUUCUCUAAGACUUUUCUUAAUUUUUAAUUUUAGCCAUUAUCAUAUAUACAUAUAUAUGUUGCUUAUCUAAUUAAUACAAUAAAUAUAAACCGAUCUCUUUGUAUACUCUUUAAAGAGUACUUUUAAAUAGUUAUGUAGAUGAGUUAAGUUUGAUGUGCAAAUAAUAUUAUUACUAUAUUACUAGAUGAGAUUCCUUAA